UCUGUUUUUUCGCGAUCUAUGGCGACUUGACUGGAGUAAAAAUCCAAUCACUGUGGCAAGAUAUGUCAUGGUAGCUCUGCAUUCUACAUCGUGUUCACGGGUGCAAGGCGAGGAUCCUUUCAAUCCGCCACCCCCGCCUGCCUCCCCGCAAAAAACGGUUGAACCCAAUCAGGAAAGUGUUGGCGUGACCAAUCAUGGGCCUGGGAAGACGGGUUGGUCGGUCACAUCUGGUGCGGGAUCAAUUGCUCGCCCAUCUAUCAUGUUUCCCCGUCGCAGUAGCGAUAUCUGUUUUUCCAUCUGUUUUGCCUUCAUUUCUUCGCCAACAUUUGGAAUUUUUCCAUGUUCUACAUGACAAAGCAAUGCUGCUGUGCCUACGGAGCAAUUGGCGCCCAUCGCAACGCGGCUACUACUGUUACAGAAGAUCUCCCGUCACUCCUGGAUCUCUGGACCGCGUCAAACCUAAUGCUCUUCAUUUGUCUCGUCGAUCUACUGGAUCUGUGUGAAUUUUCACUUCCAGACCUAGUCGACUAAUUAUUUCGGCAGGACGAUAUUUUCGGAUCGGAAGCUAAUUCUCGGGACGGUGCCUUUCUCGUAAAAAGCUGAGGGAG